AUGGCAGCAGCUGCUUGGGGUGUGUCGUCGGAAGGAGCGCGCGUUCGUGAGAAUGACGUCGAGUUUCUGACCCUGUUGUGGAGCUUGAGCAAUGACGAGCUGAUGGCACUCUCCAAUCUGAAGAUACAGUACUACGACCAAGCGGCACCUGUGCCGAGCUCAAACUACGACUUUCUCAAAGUGCUCAUGGCUUGCAAGUGGAGCGUCGACCUCGCUUUGACAAAAAUCCCCAUCUACAUUGGCCUUCGCGAUCGGUUGGGCCUCUCAGCUCGGCUAGCUCUAGAUCCGCUGCUGCCCGUCCUGGCCACCGGUCGCUAUCAGCUGCAGGGCACCGAUCGCGAUGGUCACCCGGUGCUGUAUGUGGCGGCGGCAACUUAUGUGCCGGCAGAAACUGUGCUGGAUGAUGAGAUCCGUGCCAUCGUGUUUCUGCUCGAGUACGCGUGGAGGACAAACCCGGCGGCUGGUCGCCACGGCAUCACGGUCGUCGUCGACCUCAGCGGUGCCCGAGUGCGGGCAAACUUUGACAAGGACGCCGGCCGCGAGCUCGUCAUGACGCUGCAGAGUGCGUAUCCGAUGCGGGUCCGCCGUGUCGCGCUUGUCAACCCGACGCUCAGCCAGCGGCUGGCCAUGCGGUCCAUCAAAUCGGUGAUGAAGGCCGGGCUCCGCGACAAGGUCGAAAAGUACACUCACCAGACGCUGACCAAGAUUAUUGCGCCCGACCAGCUGCCCGAGCGGUUUGGCGGAAGCCUCAGCUUUUCGUUUGCCCGCUGGCUCAAGUCGCUCCAGCAGCAGGAGGCGCUGCUCAAUCCCGGCGCUGUCUCGACCGUCGAGCUCACCCUGCCGGUCGAGUCCGGCAGUCUCGAGGGCGGCGGCGAGGCCGAGGAUGCCGAGAACGUCGAUGACGCAGACUAUGUUGAGCCCGAGUACGUCGACUUUGUGCCGCGGGCAUCCGCCGAUCCUGAGUACCAGCCGUUUGGGGACGGAGGAGGAGAUGUGAGUGCAGACGAUGCCGUAAGCGUGGACGCAGGCCUGGAUGCGCGCCCAAGCGCCAACGAUGGCGACUACGAGCCAUUUGCCGUUGGCAGUCCCGAGUACGAAGACUACGUUCCGUCGCCCGUCGCUGAUGACGGCGGCGAGUACUCGAGUCACACCGAGUACGACGACGAGCUGGAUCUGGAGCCGGACGACUUUGCGUAUCCUGAGCUCGAGUACGAGGAUUAUACCUGGUACUUCAUUUGCUGGUCCAAGGACUUCGGCAGGCCCAUUGCUUCUUCUGCAGGGAGGUAUGUUCGCCUCAACACUGCUGCUUUCGCAGCAGAGCCGGAUGGUCCUUUCAUUCCCGUCGACGCCCUCGAUCUGCGGAGGUACGCCAAGCGUCAGCACCUGGCCAAGAUCCUCUUUGGCUACAUCUUGUACGUUGAGAGCAACCCGCUCAAGGCCCUCGAGCUUGCUACCUACGCCCAUGAGCGCGCAAAGUUCAAGGACUGGUGGUGGAAGCUCCAGAUCGGCAAGUGCUACUACCAGAUCGGCCUCCUCCGCGACGCCCAGAAGUUCUACCUCUCCUCGCUCGUCUCGCAAGACAUGGUCGAGACAUACCUCCACCUCGGCAAGAUCUUCUUCCGCCUCGACCAGCCGGCCAAGGCAAUCGACACCUACGUCAAGGCCAUGACCGUCCACCCGCACGAGCCGUCGCUCGUCAUCGGCCUCGCUCGUGUCCACGAUGCGCUCGGCGAGACCCAGCGCGCCGUUGCUCUCUACAGAGACGUCCUUCGCAUCGAUCCGUCCAACAUCGAGGCCGCCGCCUCGCUAGGCUCGUACCAUUUUUACUCGGACACGCCAGAGAUUGCGCUCCGCUACUACCGCCGCCUCCUGCAAAUGGGCGUCUACACCACAUCCAUCUGGAACAACAUCGGCCUCUGCUGCUUCUUUGGCCAGCAGUUUGACAUGGCCUUGUCGUGCUUUGAGCGCGCCCUUGCCCUCGCCUCGGACGAUGACCUCGCCCAGGUCUGGUACAACAUCUCGCACGUCGCCCUCGCCACCGGCGACCUCAACCUCGCCUACCAGGCCUGCAAGCUCGCCCUCGCCGCCGACCCUGACCACGCCCAGGCCAUCAACAACCUCGGCGUCCUCGAGCUGCUCAUGGGCAACGGCCUCUCCGCAAAGACAGAGUUUGUCACCUCGUCCACUCUCGCGCCUUGGCUCACCGUCCCGCACUACAACACCGGCCUCGUCGCCUACAAGCUCGGCGAGUUUGAGGCCGCCUUCAAGGCUGCCAGCGACGCCCUUGCUCUUGACCCCGACCACGCCCCGUCAAAGGCUCUAAUGGACUCGCUCUCCAAAUCGCUCUCGCGCUCCGUCUAG